AUGGAGGCAAAACAGAUUAUUCAAACUGGAACACACUUUCCAAUCAUACUGAAGACCUUGAAUCUUUGUGGCUGUGUUAGGACCGUGACGGAUAGGGUGUUGAAGGCAAUUGGGUACAACUGCCAUCAAAUGCAGUCGUUGAAUCUUGGAUGGUGCGACCGGGUUGGUGAUGAAGGUGUUAAGAGUUUGGCGUAUGGUUGCCCUAAUCUUAGAGCUCUUGAUUGGUGCGGUUGCGUUCUUAUUACCGACGAGAGUGUCGUUGCAUUGGCGAACAACUGCCUCCACCUGAGGUCUCUCGGGCUGUACUUCUGCCAGAACAUUACGGAUAGGGCAAUGUACUCUCUAGCACAGAGCUGGGUGAAGAAUAAGCACGACGUUUGGGCAUCCGUGAAGAGCAGGUACGAGGAGGAAGGGCUUACUAACCUCAACAUCAGCCAGUGCACGGCCCUCACACCACCUGAUGUACAGGCACUAUGUGACUCUAUCCCUGAUUUGCACACGUGCCCCGGCCGACAUUCCCUCAUAAUCAGCGGCUGCCUCAACUUAACAUCCGUCCACUGUGCCUGUGCCAGAUGUGGCUGCUAGAACUCUUCUUGUUGCCCGAUUUGAAUAUAUUGCGUCUCAAAGUUGUACUUUGGGACAUUUUUUUUGUGUCUCCAAGUGCAACAUAGAGACGUUUUUUUAAUUAUGUCUCAAAGUUGCACUUUGGGACACUUUUUAAUUAUGUCUCUAAAUUGCAUUUCGGGACACUUUUUAGCUGUGUCUCUAAAUUGCACUCGAGACGCUUUCCAAUAGUGUCUCUAAAUUAGCAUAUAGGGACGCUUUUUAAAAAGCGUCUCAAGAUUAAUAGGGAUGCUUUUAAAAAGCGUCUCAAGAUUAAAUCACCGACGCUCUCAUUGCGUCCUUAUUCUAAUUUGUCACGCCACGGAUUAAGACACUUACAGAUUAAGACGCUUUUUAAAGCGUAGGUGAUAUAUUUAGCAACGCAAAAUAACGUCCUCGAUUGAAUAAAAAAGCGUCUUUAUCUGUAAUGUUUUUUGUAGUGU